GGCAGCGCGGUCGGCGGCGCCUAUUUCCCGCCAUUGUGCGAAGUGGAGGCUGGGGGCCCGCACGCGCCUCCCGCCCGCGGCCCGCGGCUCCUCGGCAGGCGCCGCCGCGGCCGUGGUUCCCCGAGGCGCGGGCAGGCCGGGCGGCGCGCGCCCCGAGGCUCGCGGUGCGUGGGAGGGCGGCGGGCGGCCGAGCCCCCGAGGAGGAGCCGCCGCGGCGCGGGACGCCGGGCCGCGCCGCCCCGGCCGCCGUCGGCGAGAUGCCCUGUGGGGAGGAUUGGCUCAGCCACCCGCUCGGGAUCGUGCAAGGCUUCUUCGCCCAAAAUGGAGUUAAUCCUGACUGGGAGAAGAAAGUAGUUGAAUAUUUUAAGGAAAAGCUGAAGGAAAAUAACGCUCCUAAAUGGGUACCAUCACUGAAUGAAGUUCCCCUUCAUUAUUUGAAACCUAACAGUUUUGUGAAGUUUCGCUGCAUGAUUCAGGAUAUGUUUGACCCUGAGUUUUACAUGGGAGUUUAUGAAACAGUUAAUCGAAACACAAAAGCACGUGUCCUUCAUUUUGGAAAAUAUAGAGAUGUAGCAGAGUGUGGGCCUCAACAAGAAGUGGAUUUAAACUCCCCACGAACUACCACUUUGGAAAGACAGACUUUCUAUUGUGUCCCAGUGCCUGGGGAAUCUACAUGGGUAAAAGAAGCCUAUGUUAAUGCAAACCAAGCUCGAGUCAGCCCUUCGACAUCCUACACUCCCAGUCGUCACAAGAGGAGUUACGAAGAUGAUGAAGAUAUGGACCUACAGCCCAAUAAACAGAAAGACCAACAUGCAGGGGCCAGGCAAGCAGGGAGUGUUGGUGGUCUUCAGUGGUGUGGAGAGCCAAAACGUUUAGAAACUGAAGCUUCUACUGGGCAACAGCUGAACUUCUUGAACCUCUCUUCUCCUUUUGACCUGAAUUUUCCACUGCCAGGGGAGAAGGGCCCUGCAUGCCUUGUGAAGGUAUAUGAAGACUGGGAUUGUUUCAAAGUCAAUGAUGUUCUUGAGUUAUAUGGUGUCCUGUCUGUGGAUCCUGUACUAAGUAUACUAAAUAAUGAUGAAAGGGAUGCCUCUUCGCUCCUGGAUCCGAUGGAAUGCACAGACACUGCCGAGGAGCAGAGAGUGCACAGUCCUCCUGCUUCAUUAGUGCCAAGAAUUCAUGUGGUUUUAGCUCAGAAGUUACAGCACAUCAAUCCUUUACUGCCUGCCUGCCUUAACAAGGAGGAGAGCAAAACCUGUAAGUUUGUUUCAGGUUUCAUGUCCGAAUUGUCCCCCAUCCGAGCAGAGCUGCUUGGGUUCCUCACUCACGCCCUUCUGGGAGAUAGCUUGGCUGCUGAAUACCUGAUAUUGCAUCUCAUCUCUACAGUGUAUACAAGAAGAGACGUUCUUCCACUGGGAAAAUUCACAGUUAACUUGAGUGGUUGCCCACGGAAUAGUACCUUCACAGAACACUUGUACCGGAUUAUUCAACAUCUUGUUCCAGCAUCUUUUCGUCUGCAGAUGACUAUAGAGAACAUGAACCAUUUGAAAUUCAUCCCCCACAAAGACUAUACAGCCAAUCGCCUGGUCAGCGGGCUCCUCCAGCUACCGAGCAACACUUCCCUUGUGAUUGAUGAAACUCUCCUAGAACAAGGGCAGCUGGACACACCAGGUGUUCAUAAUGUGACUGCCCUGAGCAAUCUAAUAACUUGGCAGAAGGUGGAUUAUGACUUCAGUUAUCACCAGAUGGAAUUCCCCUGCAAUAUUAAUGUCUUUAUUACUUCAGAGGGGAGAUCACUCCUGCCGGCAGACUGCCAGGUCCACCUGGAGCCCCAGCUCGUCCCGCCCAACAUGGAGGAGUACACCGACAGCCUCCUGUCCGCCGUGCUCCCCUCGGUCCUCAACAAGUUCCGCAUCUACCUGACCCUCCUGAGGUUCCUGGACUACAGCAUUUCCGAUGAGAUAACCAAGGCAGUUGAAGAUGACUUCGUGGAGAUGCGCAAGAACGAUCCUCAGAGCAUCACUGCUGACGAUCUCCACCAGCUGCUCAUCGUGGCUCGGUUCCUGUCUCUUAGUGCCGGUCAGACCACACUGUCAAGAGAACGAUGGCUAAGAGCAAAGCAGUUAGAGUCUUUAAGAAGAACCAGGCUUCAACAGCAGAAAUGUGUGAAUGGAAAUGAACUUUGAAGAUCUGACACCUCUGAGAGUAUUGGGCAGAUUGUAGCCACAUUAUUGUAAAACUCAAGUACCAUUUAUACCACAUUGUUUUGUAGAUAAUUUGUAUCAGACACCAAUGACUUUUCCUGAAAUCAAGCCUGGUAACAUCUGAAGUUUAUAUAAUAUUCAGUAGGGGCUUUUACCUUACUGGUUUUAUGGAACUUUUGAUUGUUUUAUAAUUAUAUAAAUUAGUAACAAUGUACAAAAGUGUAUUUGAUAUUAAAAGUUUAAUAUUGAUAAUGUUGCUGAUACCUUUUCCUUAGUUUCAGCUAAGUCGUAGGUCAGACUCUGUUGAAAUGCUGAUGUCAACUUCAUUUGAAGAAAAUUGUUGGAAUUCCAAAGUCAGAGGAGUUAAGAUUUUUACAAUGUCUUUCCAAUUAACGGUGGGUCUGAAUGUGUUUAGUGGUCCAACUUUGGGGAAUGGGGUGUACCGGCCAUUAAUUCACAUGACUGUGAAAUUCUGUAGCAUCCUUUCCCAAACGUUGGACCACAGGUUUUUUUUUUCCACUUAACAGUUAUUAAUAACCUGCAAAAUUAGUCUAUUACAUGGCAGUGGUUCCCAGACCUUUGGAUUUCAUGGACCAGUAGUAACAUUUCCAAAAAUUUGAGGGACAGGGUUGCCAAUGUAUUUUGCCAAGUAAUCUGAAAGAAACCACUGUAUUAUCACUUUUUUUUUUUCUUCAUAAAAGGAGUCUCAGGAUGAGAGUCCUUUCAGUGGAAUAAACACAGCUUUUUUGGGAAAAAAAAAACACCACAUUGUCCUUAUUUUUCUCAUUUCACCCCUCGUGCAUUUGGGAACCACUGUUUUAUGGGACUUAAGGGAAUGCUGCCCUAGGAUAGGUUGUGUUGCCCAAGUAUGAAGAAAGCAAACCGUUAACUUUUUAAAAUAUGCCUUCUGUAGAAAAUAAAGUUUUAAAUUGUUUUCAUAAUUGUCAUUUAGUUGCUUUGAUGAUUGUAUUGGAUUUUAAACUUUUGCGUAAGUUUUUCCACUAGUUCCAGAUGUGUUAGCUCAACAAACAUUAUCUGCUAAUCCAGGAAUACCCAAUAAAGCUAUAGGUAAGUUUUUCCCAGACCAAUUACAGUUUUAACAUAAAGGUUUUUAAGGUAACAAAAAUAUCAUUAUCCAUAGCUAGAAAGCAAUUUAAUACAGUACAGCAGUGUAAUUGUGGCAUAAAGGAUGUUUGGAAAGUUUUGACCAUUACUUUAUACGUAACUGCUGAGAGCUUACAUAAAGAUUAAUUUGUUUUUUUUUUUUUUUAAAGCCAGUUAGUUUACCUAGUGGGAAACAGGAGAUCAGUUAAAUGAUUCUGCGGGUGUUGUUUCCCUUCCCACUCCAAAUCGACAUCGCUGAACAAGGAAACCAGGGUCAGCCUUGAAAACCAAGGAAUUCAUUAUGCCUAAUGAACUGAAGUGAAAAUUACUAGUUUAACUUUUCCUAAACUCAAAUCUAUUUUUAUAAACUAAUGUAAAUAAUCUGUUUAUAUUUAGAAUUCUAACUGGUUUUCAUUUUUAUAACAGGUAGGCUAGACUUCCUUAACCUUUUAGAAAUAAAAAUGAAGACAACUGGAUUUGUGAAAAUAAAAUUCAAGUAGAUUAGUUACCGUGUGAUUAUUGUGCCAAUGUGAAUUGUAAUUUGCCAAAGAGAAGUACAUAAUUUGCUUGAUCUUGCAGAAAAGUUCCCUUGAAAGGAAAACCCUCUUUGAAAUAAACAAAACUUCCCAAAUUA